CUUCAAAUUGUUCCACCUUUCAUUCAAUAGGUGCCUUUUGGGUGAGAGUUUUCUGGCCAAAAACUCUAUAAAUACCCAAUGAAUUUUGCACAAGAGAUAUCCGAAAAUUGGCAAUCAAUACACCCCCUUCAUCGUUUCGAUCUAUUCCUAAAAAUAUUGCAUUUUUUAGUUCGCCGGAGUCCCGUCAACGGGAACGAAUCCGUUCUAUCCUGGGAGACAUUUGCUACGUUAUUCGGGCAAAAUCGUCUUAAGGAGAACGCCAUUGUUGGGUUCGGAUUUUCUGCGUAUCCAUUAUCUCUCUCUAAUUAUUAUUACUAUUUAUCAUGAUAUUUUUAUGAACACGUAGAUAACAGGCAGAGGUUUCGUUUUGCUAUUGAUCAACGAGAUAUUCAUAUCAUCAUAUGCAUGUCCAAACUAAUGGUGUAUUUGGUGAAAACGACCAAGUAUGUUUGGGUUCUUAUGAGUUGUGACUUGUGAGUUGUUAUCAACUUACGAGUAUUAAAAGUUACCAUCUCAUUUAAGUUCAUCAAUAGAUUAUUUCUACUGCCUAGUUUUAAAUAAGUACCGAGUAUAUAAGCAUAUGGUUUAGUAUUUAAAAUAUUUAUCAACAUGUAAAAAUAGUUAAUAAGAACACUAGGAGCAAUAUACGAUAAUGCCUAGUCAGAGCGGACUCUCCGUCUUUGUAGGGUUCGGAAAAUCCGCCGUUUUGAUGCGGCUAGGGUACGGCGAUGGGAAGCAGGCGAGAGAAGAUGGCGACGGGCGGUUCUAAUCAGCAGGCAAUCGGCGACCAACAUAAACAGGAUGGCGAGACCCCAGCGGUUAUGGGUGUGGGUAGCGUGGAGCAGCUGAUAGACCAAUAUGACGGCAUGAGUUUGGGUCAUACGCGGACGAGCUUUUACUGGACGAUGAUGAUGAAUCUGAAUUCGACUCCGGGGCGACGACUAGUGACGUGAAAACCUUUCCUGUGGUUGGCACGAUUCUCACGGAUAAAGUGGUAAAAUUUCAGAUCUUCCGUGAUCUGAUGGUUGCUCUGUGGUGUUUGGGCAAAAAAGUGUUGAUUCAGGAGAUCGGUGAGAGGAGGUAUUUAUUUAAAUUUUACCAUAUACUCCCUCCGUCCCCUUUUAAAUGUCCCGGAAGAGGGUGGCACAAGUUUUAAGAAAAGUAGGUUUGUGUGGUUGAUAUUAAUAGAUAAAGUAAGAAUAAAGUAAGAAUGAUUUUGAGCCACACAAACUUUACCAAAUAAGGUAUGAGACAAUUAAAUAGGGACAUCCCAAUAUGGUAAAAUGGGACAUUUAAAAGGGGACGGAGGGAGUAGUUGAUAUGAAUCGUGUGCUCGAAAACGGACCUUGGUUGUUUGAUCAAAAUCUGUUGGUGUUAAAAGCCAUAAAAUCGGGGGAUAUGACUCUGAAGGUCCCUCUAGAUUCGGCUGAUUUUUGGGUACAAGUACACAAUGCUCCAUAUGGCUCUUCGAAUCUAGGAAAUGCCCGUAGAAUCGGGAAUCAUCUGGGAAAAUUUAUUUCCUCGGAUGAUAAACAGUUUGAUGAGAAAUGGGAGGCAUACAUGAGGGUCAAGGGUGACUUUGGAUGUGAGAAAUCCCCUGAAGGUGGGAACAACUCUGAAAAAGAGUAAAGGGGGAGGGUACUGGGUUGACUUCAAGUACAAAAAACUCCGUAGUUUUUGUUUCGCCUGUGGAGUUACAGGGCAUGCUGAGAAGUUUUGUCCCUUAUUGUAUGAAAAGGGGGGUAAAGCUAUUGUGAAAUCUUUUGGCCCGUGGUUGCGGGCGGGUAGAGGGAGACCUCACCCAUCUAUGGGUAACAAAUGGCUGGUGAGUGAAGGAGGUGCUUCGAAGGUAACAGUGCAAGAAGAGUUCCAACUGGGAUGGAAGGGAACCUCAAAGGGAAGCAUGAGCAGAGUCAGAGCUACAAGAAAAAUGAGAAGCAGGGAGGUGUGGGACUACCAAAAAGUGAUGAUGCGAGAACGAGUAGCAGCGAACCAGGGGAGCAGAAGAGGAGGCGUACCUGGGAUGCACAUGAGCAGGACUGCAGGAGCAUUCAGAGGAGGAGGCCAUGGCUCUUGAUGAAUAAAAAAAGAGAGGGAAGGGGCAGGCUGAAGCACCCAAACCCACCAAAACCCAUGAAGAUCUGGUGCUUCUUGAAGAUCAAAGUUAUCUUUAAUUUUAGAGUUGUUUUCUUUCAUGUUGAUUUUUGUUUCGGACAUCAUGUGUUUUUGUUUGUUUUAGUUUUUAUUCAUGCUAAAACUCUAGAACAUAAGACAAGUGAUGGGGAGCCUAGUUUGCCGGUCAAUGGCUCAGGUAAGUCGAGUUCAGGAUCAGCGAAUUUGGUUGCUUCUUUACAGGUGGCAAGUUCUAAUUCUGAUUCAAAGGCGAACGGUGGACAUUGAGCUCUUUGUCUGGUUGUAUCCUGCUUACGUUCUUUCUUAUUAAUAUAAGUCAUCUUCUUCCAAACAAAAAAGAAAACUAGGAGCAAAUGUGCGAUGAGUCCCUUUGAUUGUAUUUUGCUGCCAAACCAGAUUGAUAGGUCAUAUGGAGAUUGUUCUGAUUUUUGCUCUGACAAGGAAUAGCUUCUUGGUGACAUUUGUAACCAUAAGUGAAUAAAAACUUCCUAUAACUAAGGUUUAUGC